UCGUUUUUGACGAACAAAGCGUGGGGUUUCCUCAGUUUCAAAUUCAUCUUUCGUCGUAAUAAUUUCAAGGAAUAGCCGUUUCAUUUAUACUUCCGCAAUUCUCAGAGAGAAAAGAGGGAUAUUUAGGGCACGCUCUCCAUUUCAAGAUCGUCGUCGAGCUUCGGAAUCUUGACGGAGAGAGUUGUGGCCAUUGGUAGGAAACGAGGGGCAUGGGAAUUGUUUUUUUUUAUACCAGUGCUUAAAUCGCGAAGAAAGAUCGAGAUAUAAAGGGGUUCAGGAUGGCGCUGUUUUUGUCGGAGGAAGAGUUCCGGGGGUGUGCGGGGAAUGCCAAGCUGGUGGCGGAGAAGGCGGACGCGUUUAUUCGGGAGCUCUAUGCUCAAAUUGAGACUGUCAAGGCGGAGGCCGACGCCGCUUCCAUUACUUUCGAGCAGACGUCGUCUCUGAUUGAACAGAAGUACGUUUCACUUUCAGCGGAAUACUCCUCCCUGCAAUCGCAGUUCGAUGAACUAAAAUCUUCCUCGGGAAAAGGCGCUUCUGAACUUGAACAGCUCCGAUCCGAGAAGCAACAACUUCUCGUUCAAACUAUUGAGAAAGACGGGGAGAUUGAGAGGCUGACAACGGAAGCGUCAGAACUGCAUAAAUCGAAGAGGCAGUUGAUGGAAUUAUUGGAGCAGAAGGACUUGGAAAUUGGCGAGAAGAAUGCCACUACUAAGAGUUAUCUUGAUAAAAUUAUCAACUUAUCAGAGGCAGUAGCAUCAAAGGAAGCACGGUUGGGUGAGCUGGAGUCCGAAUUGGGACGAAUGCAAGCUACUUCUGCCCGCGCUUUGCAAGAAAAGGAGCUUCUUGAGAGGCACAAUAAAUGGCUCAAUGAUGAGUUGACAACUAAGGUUGACAGUCUUGUCCAGCUGCGCAAAGCAAAUGGAGAACUUGAGGUUGAGAUGUCUUCUAAGCUUGCUGAUGCUGAUAAGAAAUUUCAGGAGAUUUCUAGUUCUUUGAAAUGGCACAAGGAUAGAGUGAAGGACAUGGAGGACAAACUUUGCUCCACAGAAAAGGAAUUGUUGGCAACUAAGGAUGCAGCUGCAGCUGCAGAGGGGCGGUUCAGUGCUGAAAUAUCAACAGUUAACAAGCUUGUGGACUUAUACAAGGAAAGCUCCGAGGAAUGGUCCAAGAAAGCCGGGGAGCUUGAGGGAGUCAUCAAAGCGUUAGAAACUCAUUUGAAUCAAGUUGAGAGUGAAUAUAAAGAAAAGCUUGAAAAGGAAGUGUCAGCAAGGAAGGACAUGGAAAAGGAGUUUGCUAAUUUGAAGGAAAAGCUUCAGACCAGCGAAGCAGAAUUGAAGAAGUUGAGAAAAGAGAAUGAACAGAAACAUCUUUCUCUUAGUUGUUUUACAUCAAACUUACCACUGCCCUCAGCUGAUACCAACAAAAUUGAGGAUGAUCGAGCCAUUGUACCUCAUAUUCCAGCUGGUGUUUCUGGAACAGCAUUAGCUGCUUCACUUCUUAGGGAUGGAUGGCCUCUGGCCAAAAUGUAUGCCAAAUACCAAGAAGCUGUUGAUGCGUUGCACCAUGAGCAACUGGGAAGAAAACAAACCCAAGCUGUUUUGGAGCGAGUGCUUUAUGAAAUAGAAGAAAAAGCUGGAGCAAUCAUGGAUGAACGAGAGGAGCACGAUCGACUUGUUGAAGCAUAUUCUACUUUGAAUCAAAAGCUGCAGCAUUCGUUAUCUGAACAUUCUGUUCUCGAAACAACCAUUAAUGAGUUAAAGGCUAACAUAAAGAAGCAGGAGCGGGAAUAUGCUGUCGCUCAGAAGGAGAUUACUGACCUCCAGAAGCAGGUGGCUGUCCUCUUAAAGGAAUGUCGUGAUAUUCAGUUGCGAUGUGGAUCAGCUCCUCAUGAUGAUGAUGGACUUAUUUCUGGUACUAUCAUAUCACUGAAUGCUGAAUCCAAUGCUGAUGAUAUCAUUUCUACACGUCUGUUGACCUUCAAGGAUAUAAAUGGACUAGUUGAGCAGAAUGUGCAGCUCCGCAGUCUUGUUCGCAACCUUUCCGAUCAAAUAGCUUAUAAAGAAGCAGAGUUGAAGGAGAAGUAUGAGGAUGAGCUGAAGAAGCACACCAGUGAUACUGCAUCUAAAGUCAACCAAGUAUUGAAGAGAGCAGAGGAGCAGGCUCAAAUGAUUGAAUCACUCCAUACAUCCGUAGCGAUGUACAAGAGAUUAUAUGAAGAGGAACAUAAACUUAGGGCGCUUCCUUCCCAUUUAGAAGAAGCAGUUCCAGUUCAAGAGCAAGGAAGUAGGGGGGCUAUGCUUUUACUUGAGAGCAGCAGUAAUGCAACUCAAAAGGUGCAAGAGCAUACUUUUGAGCGCUUGAAAAGUCUUGAAGAAGAUGUGGCAAAAUCUAGGGGUGAAAUAAUUUCCAUGCGAGCUGAGCGGGACAAGUAUGCACUGGAAGCACAAUUUGCCCAAGAAAAACUUGAUAGAUUUAUGAAGGAAUUCGAGCAUCAGAGACAAGAGCAUAAUGGAGUUCUUGCUAGAAAUGUGGAGUUCUCGCAGUUGAUAGUUGACUACCAAAGAAAACUGCGUGAAAGUGCUGAGGCUGUAGAUGCAUCCAAUGAACUUUCCAGGAAGCUGAAAAUGGAGGUAUCAAUGUUGCAGCACGAAAAGGAAAUACUACAAAACUCUGAGAAGAGAGCUUCUGAUGAAGUUCAGAGUUUAUCUGAGAGGGUUCAUCGGCUGCAGGCAAGUUUGGAUACCAUUCACAGUACUGAGGAAGUUCGUGAGGAGGCUAGAGGUAUUGAGAAGAGAAAGCAAGAGGAGUAUAUCAGCAAAAUUGAGAGAGAAUGGGCCGAUGCUAAAAGGGAGCUUCAGGAAGAGCGAGAUACUGUUCGCAAUCUCACUCUUGAUCGAGAAAGUACGCUGAAGAACGCCUUGAGACAAGUUGAGGAAUUAAGCAAAGACUUGGCUAAUGCCAUGCAAUCUGUUACAGCUGCUGAGUCUAGGGCUGCCGUUGCAGAGGCACGCUGCUCUGAUCUGGAAAAGAUUAUAGAGUCUGCCACUACGAAGGAUUCUGAUGGUAAGGAAGGUGCGGCAUCCUCUGCUUCUAGUGAUAAGUUACUGGCAAAUUACCGGGAGGAAAUUGAAAAAUUAAGAAGGGAAGUACAAUCUAGCAGUGAACACAUGCUGCAGUAUAAGAGCAUUGCUCAAGUAAAUGAAGAAGCACUGAAACAGAUUGAAGUGGCAUAUCAGAAUUUUAAAAAUGAGACUGAUGAAGCAAAGAGGUCAUUGGAAGCUGAGCUUCAUUCACUUAAAGAGCGCAUAUGUGAACUUGAAAGUGAAUGUCAACAGAAGACUGCAGAAGCAAUCUCUGCAAAUGCUGGAAAAGACGAAGCUCUUAUGGGUGCUUUGUCAGAAAUAUCUAAUCUGAAGGAUGAUUGUGCUAACAAAAAAUCAGAGAUUGUGGUGUUGGAAUCGCGCAUCUCUGCCCUGAAAGAAGAUUUGGAGAGAGAGCAUCAACGAUGGCGAAAUGCUCAAGAUAACUACGAAAGACAGGUUAUCCUUCAAUCAGACACAAUUCAGGAGUUAACAAAAACAUCACAAGCUUUAGCUGCAGCACAAGAGGAGGUUGCUAAGCUCCGGAAAGUGGCAGAUACACUUAAAAGUGAAAAUAAUGAGUUGAAGUCACGAUGGGAGAUGGAAAAGUUAGCCAUAGAAGCUUAUAAGAAUGAUGCAGAUAGGAAGUACGAUGAAAUAAAUGAACUGAACAAAAUUUUGCACAGCCGACUUGAGGCCCUGCAUAUUCAGGCGGCUGAAAAGGAACGAGGAACGGCUUCGAGUUCUCAGAACUUAGCUGAUGAUGAUGGGCUGCAGAGUAUUGUUAGUUAUCUAAGGCGGUCAAAGGAGAUAGCAGAAACUGAGAUCUCUUUGCUGAAGCAAGAAAAGAUUCGCUUGCAGUCUCAACUCGAGAUUGCUCUGAAGUCAUCCGAGGAAGCACAAGCAACACUUCGCAUGGAGCGAGCAAAGUCACGCUCAUCAGUCUUCUCUGAGGAAGAAUUCAAAUCUCUUCAACUACAGGUUAGAGAAGUGACUUUACUCCGCGAAAGUAAUGUGCAACUCAGGGAGGAGAACCGGCAUAAUUUUGAAGAAUGCCAGAAGCUUCGUGAAGCUUUCCAAAGUGCUAAGAUUCAGAAUGAUAAUAUGGAGAAUCUAUUGAGGGACAAAGACACUGAAUUGGAAGCUUACAGAAAAGAAAUUGAUAUGCUGAAGCUGGAGAAAGCGCAACUCGAAAACAGAAUCGAUGAAUUAGUUCAGAAGUGCAAGGAUGUCGAUGUGGAUGAUUAUAAUCGCAUGAAAGAAUCUCUUCAGCAGAUGGAUGCAAGUUUAAAAGAAAAGGAUGCACAAUUGGAGGAAAUUAAGAAACAUCUAUCCGAAAAGCAGGAUGCUAUAUCACUCUUAGAGAAAGAUCUCGACAGAACCCGUACUGAAUUGAGCAAAAAGGAGACGAGGAUUAAUGACAUCUUGCAAGCUGAUGCUUCUCUAAAAUCUGAAGUUGAAAAACUUAAACGGAUGAAUAUUGCAUCGAGGAGGAAGUAUGAUAACUUGUUAAAGGAAAAGGAUGAUCUGAACAAAGAGGUGCAAUCCCUUUCGAAACAGUUAGAGGAAGCUAAACAAGCCAAGCAAAAUACGGUCGAUUCUGCAGCCGAGCAGGCUCUAAAGGAAAAGGAGAAGGAGAAAGACACCAGAAUCCAAAUCCUGGAAAAAACACUGGAGAGGCACAGAGAGGACUUGAAGAAGGAGAAGGAAGAUCUUCAUAAGGAAAAAGAAAAAAAUCAGAAGAUGCGGAAAACUCUGAUUGAUUCUCGUACAAUUGUAACUCAGGAAAAAACCAUGCUCUCAGAUGAGUUGUCGAAACAUAAACAAGCUCUGAAAGAACUUCAGGAUGAGGUGGAGAAAUUGAAAAGCUCGGGUCAGCCAGAGAGUACAUCUGUGAUCCAACAUUCUUCUGUUGCUCUAUUGGAAGAUUUUGCUUCGACAUAUUAUCAGGCUGUUGAGAAUUUUGAGCAGGUUUCACAGUCUGCUUGUGUUGAUCCCGAUUCUGCCGCCCUUGACGCUCCUCCAGAUAAUACAUCAUCUGCUGGUCAGAUUGUCAGUUUAGCGAACCAAACCCCGCCAGUUCCUGCUGCAACUGCUCCGUUAGCAAGAACAAGUGACGACAAAAAUAGGAGACUUGCUACUGCAAAGGCUAGUGCUAAAAUUGGAAGACGACUGGUGCGCCCGAGUAUUACAAGGCCCAAGGAGCCGCAAGGCGAGGUAGAUAUGUCGGAAGCAGACGAAUCCAAUACCGGGUUAUCAUCCCAAAAUGCAGAAAGUCAAGGACAUACAGCUACUGUUCCAGCUCCAGCUGCUUCCAUACGCAAACGUCCUUCGACUUCACUGUCUUCUGAAAUGCAAGAGGAUUUGCCUGCGCCGGAGGAAACAAGCCCCGACUCAGCCGCUCCUCUUCACAAGAAGCCCAAAGGCUCAGAAAGUCUACAAGAGGGCGGAGAAGAACCCGGAACUGCUCCUGGAAAACUUUCCGAAGUUUUAGCUGUUGAGGAACCAUCUGAUGCUGCAUUAUCUAAAGACGAAACAGUUGAUGUUGAAAGGGAGGAUUUUGAUGCUACAGUUGAGCAAGGAGAAGACCCGGCAACAGAUGAACAGAUGCAGGUUGAACUACCUAGCGAAACAGUCGAGACUGCUGAAGAAAAACUCGACAAGCCAAGCGAAACUGUGAUGUCCGACGACCAGUUGAGAGAUCAGACAGAACAAGACAUCCAGCAGAUAAUUUCCGAAUCAAGCGGCGACAGAGAAGAGGGUGAGAUGGUCGCCGAGUACGGCGAUAAUGAUGACAAUAAUGUAGCUAACGAGAUGUCCGGCCUAGGCUCCGACGAGCUUCAGGCUGCUCCACAAACAGGCGAACCGGAGAACACACAAAUUACUGACCCGAUGAGUCAAGCAAACUUGGAAUCUGGGGAAAUCGAUCCUUCCCAAACCCCACCAUGGGAGGAAGAUAAGAUUGUCGACACGACUGAGAACAUUCCCGACAAUGCAAGCAAGCUUAAAGAAGCUUCGCCGGCUCCUCCUGAUCCUGCAACCGACAUUCCUGCCACCGGGUCAACUGUUACUGCAACUGAAGAAGCCUCGACCAGCAGUGCUGUGGAUGCCGGCUCUUCCGAACAAGGCGGCUCCACUCCCCCACAGGAUACGGGAACAGCGAAACCAGUGUCGCCUGUGAGUGGCAGUUCGACUACCAUCAAUCUGCAGGAGAGAGCGAGGCAACGGGCGCACCUGAGACAAGCUGGGAUGGCUUCUUCUACUUCGACAACCCCCGGCAGAGCUCGCGGCAGAACGAUUCGCGGUCGCGGCGCCCGAGGCACUACCCGGGGAGGACGUGGACAAUCUUCAGGUUAGAUGGUGAGGGACUUUGAAGUUUUUUUGAUGAUUGAGAUAUUCAUGAGUCUUCACAAUUUGGGACUUAGACACAUUUGCUAAUGCAUUCUAUUUUGUGUUUUACAUUGAUUUCCUUCUUGGUAGACAAUGUGUAUUGAGCAUUCUAUUUUAAACAAUAUUAAAUACUGAAGAUGAUAAACGUA